AUGGCAUCUAAUGUUACAGCCCAAUCAGUAUUGGAGAAGAUUAGUGUGGAUCAUCUGGAAUGCUCCAUCUGCACCAACCGUUUCAGGCAGCCCAAACUGCUGGACUGUUUGCACACUUUUUGCCUGCAAUGCCUCCAAGAGCUCAGACAGAGCCAAGAUCCUAGUGGUACAAAGCUGACAUGUCCUCUGUGCAGACGUGACACCAUGUUGAAAGGGUCUGAGGUUGCUGAUCUCCCUAAUAACUUUGCAUUCAGUGCCCUGGUGGAGGAAGUUACAAUGCAGGAAAAGCUACUGGGAGGUCAAGGGUCAGAGAUCAAAUGCCAAGCCUGUGAUGAGGAGAAUCAGGCUGUGUCAAGAUGCAUGGACUGUGAUCAUUUCCUGUGUCAAGAAUGUCAAAAGGCUCAUGAACGUCUAACCCUAAUGAAAUCUCAUGAAAUCUAUACACUGGCUCAACUCCGAUCAGGAGAGAUUGUCUACAAGAGUAAGCUAAGAGAAGAAGUUCCCAAAUGUGGCAAGCAUCCAGAUCAGAAUCUCAAUGUUUACUGCGACACAUGUGAGCAAGUCAUAUGUCUCAUGUGUACUGUUCUAGAUCAUGAAAAACCCAAACACUCUUGUAUUGGCUUAUCUGAGGCUUUUGAGAAAUGUAAGAAAAAGGUAGAAGAACUUGUUGCAAAAGUUGCUCAAAGCAAAACAGAACUGAACACCACCAUAGAGAAGACUUGCAUAUCUCGCAAGAAACUCGACAUCAUGUUUUCAAACACCAAAAAGAACAUCUCAGAAAAGGCUGACCAAGAGGUUACCAAAAUCCGACAGGAGGAGCAGAAACUGUUAAAAGAGACUGACAGGAUUUAUCAAGAGAGAGUCACAACAUUUGAAGCUGCUCAAGCUACCAACAGGAAAGAGGUGACACAGACAGAGCACAAGCUGGAGGAGGUCAAACAACUCAUGAAUCAAGCAAGUUGCUAUGAGAUUCUUGAACUUCAGCAGAAGCUCUUGCAUAACCUCAGUGAAUUGACAGGGAAACGGCCACAGCAAGUUCCUGACAAGUUGACCUUCAUGGAUUUUGAAGAAGGUAAGAGGUCGCUUGGGAGACUCAUUCUGGAGGAAGAUCCAAAGGCUGCAGCAAAGCAAUCACCAAGACCUGCAAGAUCAUGUGUGAAGGAGAAAUGGGAACUGAAGACUGAAUUCAAGAACUUUGAAUUAGGAAAAACAAAGAUACGACAUGUGUCAGCACUCUCUGACAAUAACAUAGUAUUAAACAAUUGGACUAAAACACUAUUUACAGUAUCACUGACCAAUAGUCAACAUAUACCAUCUCCUAUCCCACAAAGGCUACAAAUCAAUGGCCUCACUGAUGCAAUGUGUAUUGCAGUGACCGAGGAUGACAAGCUACUUGCUCUAGAUAUUCCAGUAGUCAAGGUCUUCAACAAGCAACAUCAGCUCCUCCAUCAGUUCACACCAGGUAGAGGGUCAGACAGCCAACCAACAUGCCUUGCAGUGGAUGACAGCAAUCUGAUAGCAGUGGGUUAUAAAGACAAGAAGGAGAUAUCUCUACACAACCCAGAUGGAUCCCUCAUCAGGAGACUGCCUGCUCCAAUGAUUGAAAGUUAUCUGACAAUGUACAAUCACCGGCUUAUUUACACAAACCUGCCUAAGAAAAGGUUGGUAUGUGUAGACUACUAUGGUGCCAGUGUAUUCUCAGUAGACAUGACCAGCAACAUGCAGGGGGGUUGCUUGCCUACUGGUGUGUGCUGUGACAGUGAUGGCAGCAUCUAUGUUGCUGAGUUCGGACUUCCCACAGGUGAUAUUCUGCAUUACAGUCCUGAUGGCAAGUACAUUGGAUGGGUGAUCAAGGGAUGUGGUUAUCCACGUGGCAUCACAUUCACAUCAGGUGGUGAUCUGGUAGUGGCUGCAGGAAAGUCUGUAAAGGUCUAUCACCGAGUGUAAGGACAGAGUAAUUAAUCUAAGGCUAUCCAGUGUAUCCACCAACCACUUCCAUCAGACAUUGAACAUUGUUAUCACUGACAAAAAACUUGAAAGUUCAUUCCCUCAAAAAAACAUUCUACAAUACUGUAUAUUUGGUUUACU